AUGGCUAAUGUCACUGUGGUUCUCGGAUCCCAGUGGGGAGAUGAGGGCAAAGGCAAAUUGGUGGACAUCUUAUCUAGCAAGGCGCAAAUCUGUGCCCGCGCACAGGGCGGAAACAAUGCUGGCCAUACUAUUGUCGCCGAGGGAAAGACGUUACACUACCACAUGAUCCCGAGCGGUCUCGGACUCGUCAACGAGAAAUGUGUGAACCUCAUCGGUUCGGGAACUGUUGUCCACAUCCCCGCAUUUUUCCAGGAACUCGAGGCCCUCAAGGCCCAUGGCGUCAUUGUCGAUGAUAGACUCUUCAUCAGUGACCGCGCGCACGUUGUUUUGGACUUGCACCAGCGCGUUGAUGGGCUCGAGGAGAGAGAGCUCAGCGGAGAGAAGAUUGGCACAACCGGAAAGGGUAUUGGGCCAACAUACAGCACAAAGAUGACCCGCAGCGGUAUCCGCAUCAGCGAGAUCUUCGACGAAGAGCUCUUCGAGACCAAGCUCCGCCGCAUAGCUGCCGGCUUCAAGAAGCGCUACGGAGACCUGCUCGAGUACGACCCAGAGGCCGAGAUCGCGUCCUUCAAGGAGUACCGCGAGAAGCUCGCUCCCUUCGUCAUUGACCAGGUCCCAUUCCUGCAGUCCGCCAAGGCGAGCAACACGAGCAUCCUCGUCGAGGGCGCGAACGCUAUCAUGUUGGAUAUUGACCACGGAACCUACCCCUACGUCACCAGCUCUAACACCGGUCUGGGAGGAAUCCUGACUGGUCUUACUCUUGGAUGGAGAUCGCUGAAGGAUGUCAUUGGUGUCGUGAAGGCGUACACCACCCGUGUUGGCGGCGGACCCUUCCCAACCGAGCAACUCAACGAGGUUGGCGUGAAGCUCCAGGAGGAGGGCCGCGAGUGGGGUGUCACCACUGGCCGCAGGCGCCGCACCGGCUGGUUCGACGCCGUGGUCGUCGCGUACUCCCACCAGGUGAACGACUACACGUCGCUGAACCUGACGAAGCUGGACGUCCUCGACGACUUUGACGAGCUCAAGGUCGCCGUGGCGUACAAGUACAACGGGGAGAAGCUCGACUCCUUCCCCGCGAGCCUGGAUAUCCUGGAGAAGGUGGAGGUUGUUUAUGAGACGCUGCCGGGCUGGAAGUCGUCGACGAGCGGAUCGACGAAGUGGGAGCAGCUGCCGGUGAAUGCGCAGAAGUACAUUGAGUUCAUCGAGACGUUCUUGGGUCAUGGCCUGAAGAUCAAGUACAUCGGCACUGGUCCGGAUAGAGAGCACAUGAUCGUUAGAUAG